GUCCGCUGUGAGGGAAAUGGGAGGAAACCAUUGACACUGCAACGGUGACAGAGAGAGAAUCCAAGGCUCAUUAACGAGAUGUUGAGAAGCUCCAUUACCCGCAGUGCACGUUGCUUUGCCACAUCACGUCCAUCGCUGCGUGGCGCUGUGAAAACAGUGGAGAACCUUGCUGUGAAAGACACCACCACUGUUCCAUACGAGCCAAAGGUUCUUUCCCGCGAAGAGGUGCUGGAUACCACGAAGACCCCGUUCCCAAUCAACGUUGAGCUGAACUACCAUGCUCCACUUCGCCAUGAGGUCCGUUACGGCGAUAAGGUUGCCGAGAUCCAAUUCAGAGCGUACGAUUUCGAGAACUUGGAGUUUCUAGCAGAUUUUGCCCAGAGAGCAGCUUACUAUUUGGACAUCCCAGUGAGCGGUGUGAUCCCACUUCCGACUCGUCGUGAGAGAUGGACUGUUAUUAGAGCUCCGUUUGUGCAUGCUAAGUCCAAGGAGAACUUCCUGAGACUUACACAUAAGCGUGUGUUAAAGGCAUACGACGCCACGCCGGAGGUUAUCGACCUUUGGAUCUCCUACAUUGCAAAGCACUCGAAUGCCGGUGUUGGUAUUAAGGUGCAAACUUUCCAACGAGAGUCCGUGGAGUUGGUCCAAGAGCUGGAUAAGAUUGACCUGGGUAAAAUCGAACAGUUCAAUGGCUCAGUGGAGGGACAAGCUGCAGUUUCGAAGAGAGUGCAAGAGCUUUUGAAUGAUCCUGUGUUCAAGAGACACAUUCCUGAGGAGAAAUUGGAGGCACACGAUGCUAAGGAGCAGAUAGAAGAGAAGCAAAAGUAAAUAACAGAUAUGCGAAUCACAUGUACAUAAUCGUUUUCUUUC